AUGCAGAUCCUCAGGCUCCUAGCGGCGCGGCGCGCCACGUUGGCCUUCAACGCGCCGCCGGUGUCCGAGCACCGGGACGACGACGGGGCCUUCUUCGACCUCGACUUCUCAUGCUCCGUCCGCACCUCCUCCUCUAGCUCUAGCAGCAUUUCUUUCUCCGACUCCGACGAUGAGUGCACGGAGCUCGACUUCAUCAUCUCCUUGCAGCGGAGCAGCUCCGCUUCGCCCCUCAAGUUCUGCACCUCGGACCCGCCAUCUGAGGUGAAGGAUGGCCGCAAGCGCGGCAUCAGCAGCCUGCGCACGCUCAGCUUCGGCGCCAGGAAAGCUGUGCCACUCCACGGCCGGCACAGCGUCGCCCGGAGCAGCUCCAGCAUCGGGCGGUCGCUCCGGCUGUUGGUGAACUCGCCGCCCGACGCGACGGCGGGCGAGGAGCACCACGCCGCGGGGCAGAGCAGCAGGCGCGCGCCGUCCCGGGACGUCAUCCGGAGGUGUCUGGCCAAGUUCUCGCGGCGGCUCCGCACGGCCGCGGGCGCCGAGGCGAGAGGGCUCCGCCGCCUCCGCAAGUGCCGGUCGGCGUCGUCCGUGCCGCAAAGCUCGGCGGCGUCGCGCUGCGACGACUCUGUUGUUGAGAAGCAAGACGGCAUCGCGGGCGCCAUCGCGCACUGCAAGGACUCGAUGCACCGAGCUUCCACGUCAGAGUCCGACUCGCCGCUGCUACGGUCAGCGAGUGACCCAGGGUAA